AUGCCUUUCGCCAAGCGGAUCGUGGAGCCGCAGUGGCUGUGCCGGCAGCGGCGCCCGCCGCCCGGCCCGGCGGAGGAGGCGAGCGGAGGCAGCGCGGAGCUGCCGCCGCCCCUGCAGCCGCCCAGCCAGCGGGACCAGGCCGUGGAGCCGGGGCCGGAGGAUCCUCCCCAGGAGCCCCCUGCACCUUCCGGGCCGCCACCACCCCCGCUGCCCGCUCCGACCGACCAGGCGCAGCCGCCCCUCGGAGAGGUACCCGCGGCGGGCGAGGAGAGCGCCGCGGGGCCCCCGGAGGCGGCGGCCGGGGCGGGCGAGGCGCCCUCGGCGGCCGCGGCGGCCGUGCUGCUCAUGCUGGACCUGUGCGCGGUCAGCAAUGCCGCGCUGGCCCGGGUCCUCCGGCAGCUCUCGGACGUGGCCCGGCACGCGUGCAGCCUGUUCCAGGAGCUCGAGAGCGACAUCCAGCUGACCCACCGCCGCGUCUGGGCCCUGCAGGGCAAGCUCGGCGGCGUGCAGCGCGUCCUCGGCACGCUGGACCCCAAGCAGGAGACCGUGCCCGUCUCCAACCUGGACAUUGAGAGUAAGCUGAGCGUGUACUACCGUGCACCGUGGCACCAGCAGAGAAACAUCUUCCUCCCAGCCACGAGGCCACCCUGCGUGGAGGAGCUGCACCGCCAUGCCCGGCAGAGCCUGCAAGCCCUGCGCAGAGAACAUCGGAGCCGGAAUGAUCGCCGGGAGCAGAGAGCUGCUGUGCCCCUUUCUGUAGCUGCUCCUCCACUGCCAGCCUACCCCCCAGCUCACAGCCAGAGGAGGCGCGAAGUUAAGGAUCGUCACUUCUUAACGUUUAACAGCACCCGUUCGCCCUCCCCCACUGAGUGUUGCCACAUGACCCCAUGGAGUAGAAAGUCCCAUCCCCCGGAGGAUGAAGAUACAGAUGCCAUGUUAGGACAGAGGCCGAAAAACCCAGUACACAAUAUCCCCUCCACACUGGACAAGCAGACCAACUGGAGCAAAGCACUACCUCUCCCGACACCAGAAGAGAAGAUGAAACAAGAUGCUCAAGUGAUUUCUUCUUGCAUUAUUCCCAUCAAUGUCACUGGAGUUGGUUUUGACAGAGAAGCUAGUAUACGCUGCUCUCUUGUUCAUUCACAAUCUGUACUACAGCGGAGACGAAAACUGAGGAGGAGGAAAACCAUCUCUGGUAUCCCCAGAAGAGUCCAACAAGAAAUAGAUUCGGAUGAAUCGCCUGUGGCCAGAGAAAGGAAUGUGAUUGUGCACACAAAUCCAGAUCCUUCCAACGCUGUCAAUAGGAGGUCUGGAACCAGGGACUCCGAGUGCCAAACUGAGGACAUUUUGAUUGCUGCUCCAUCCAGAAGGAGAAUCAGAGCUCAAAGGGGUCAAAGUAUUGCAGCUUCUCUUUCACAUUCAGCUGGCAACAUUUCUGCCUUGGCAGACAAAGGUGAUGCCAUGUUUACAACUGCAGUGAGUAGCCGCACAAGAUCUCGGAGCCUUCCCCGAGAGGGCAAUAGAGGCGGAGAUGGUGAUCCCAAAGUUGGUCUUAAAUCCUCAGCAUAUGAAGAGGGAGAGCCUUUCGUGGGUGACCAAGAAAGAAUCCCUAAUGAUUGCAGUGAGGCCCCCAGUAGCCCAAGUGCCCAGGAACACCAGCCUGCUUUGGAUCUGGCCUGUUCUCAACAUCUUCACAGCCCCCAGCACAAGUUGAGUGAGAGAGGGAGGUCACGUCUGUCCCGAAUGGCUGCUGACUCUGGAAGUUGUGACAUCUCUUCCAACUCAGACACCUUUGGGAGCCCCAUACACUGCAUUUCCACGGCUGGUGUCCUCCUCAGCAGCCACAUGGACCAGAAAGACGACCACCAGUCAUCCAGUGGCAACUGGAGUGGGAGCAGCUCUACAUGCCCCUCACAGACCUCAGAGACAAUCCCUCCUGCAGCUUCUCCUCCUCUCACUGGCUCUUCACACUGUGAUUCAGAGUUGUCACUAAACACAGCUCCUCAUGCUAAUGAGGAUGCCAGUGUCUUCGUGACAGAGCAGUACAAUGACCACUUGGAUAAAGUGAGAGGCCAUCGGGCAAACUCCUUUACGUCCACUGUGGCAGAUCUCCUGGAUGACCCCAAUAAUAGCAACACAAGUGAUAGUGAGUGGAAUUACCUGCACCACCAUCAUGAUGCCUCCUGCCACCAUGAUUUUAGUCCUGAGCGCCCCAAGGCAGACAGCUUGGGCUGUCCAAGCUUCACAAGCAUGGCCACGUAUGACAGCUUUCUGGAAAAGUCUCCAUCAGACAAAGCUGACACUAGCUCUCACUUUUCAGUGGACACAGAAGGAUACUACACCUCCAUGCACUUUGACUGUGGUCUGAAAGGUAGUAAGAAUUAUGUCUGCCACUAUGCAGCCCUGAGCCCAGAGAAUGGCCAGGCCAUUGGAGGUCCUCCUACUCUUCCAGACUGUGCUUGGCAGGACUACUUAGAUCACAGGAGGCAGGGGAGACCAAGCAUCUCUUUCAGGAAACCAAAGGCAAAGCCAACCCCACCUAAAAGGAGUUCAUCAUUGAGGAAAUCUGAUGGAAAUGCAGACAUUUCUGAGAAGAAAGAACCAAAGAUUAGCAGUGGCCAGGUCCUGCCUCACAGUUCCAGGGAUAUGAAGUUGCCUCUUGAUUUCUCCAACACGCCUUCUCAAAUGGAAAAUACCAAUAUUCCCACCAAGCAGGAACCUUCCUGGAUUAACCAGGAUGAACAUGAUAGUAAAGAACCUCAGUUAGAAACUUCAGAUAUUCCACCAUUCAAAGAUGAAGGUGCUGAAUCAACUCACUAUGCAGACCUCUGGCUUCUAAAUGACUUGAAAACAAAUGAUCCCUACAGAUCUUUAUCUAAUUCAAGCACUGCUACGGGUACCACAGUUAUUGAAUGCAUUAAAUCUCCAGAGAGCUCUGAAUCCCAAACAUCCCAGUCAGAAUCAAGAGCCACCACUCCAUCCCUUCCUUCUGUUGACAAUGAGUUUAAACUGGCUUCACCAGAAAAGCUGGCUGGCUUGGCAUCUCCUUCAAGUGGCUAUUCAAGCCAGUCUGAAACACCAACAUCCUCUUUCCCUACAGCUUUCUUUUCUGGUCCAUUGUCUCCUGGAGGUAGCAAAAGAAAACCGAAAGUCCCAGAAAGGAAAUCCUCACUACAGCAACCUUCUUUGAAAGAUGGAGCUCUAUCACUAAGUAAAGACCUUGAACUUCCAAUUAUACCUCCUACCCAUCUUGACCUAAGUGCUCUUCAUGUCUUUAAUAAACCAUUUCACCAUCGUAACCCAUUGCAUGUUUUUAGUCAUAAUAAGCAGAACACAGUAGAGGAAACACUGAGGUCGAAUCCUCCACCAUCCCUUGCAAUUACACCAACAGUCCUAAGAUCUGUUAACCUUAGGUCCAUCAGUAAGUCUGAAGAAAUUAAGCAAAAAGAAGGCAAUAAUAUGGAACACCCCUACUUAGAGCAAAGCACUCUCACAAUUGCUGCCCCAUCUCCAGGUAAGAUUAGACCACAUAUAGCUAAGAAAUCAAUAUCACGUCAGUACUCCACUGAAGAACCCAUAUUGUCCUUUUUAGACUCCUCUGCAGUUGAGAUGGGAUCAGAUAAACUACAGUUAGGAAAAAAACGUGCUUUUGAUGGAAAGAAUCAUUGUGAUCCAGAAAAAGUAACCUCAGCUGGUAGCAAUCUUGUAGAUUCAAGUGCCACAAAAGACCAAAUGCAUAUGGAGAGUGAGCCUAUUCCAGAAAACGCACCAAGUAAAAACUGUGACUUUCCCAAAGAAGGAUUCCAAAGGGUCUCUGCUGCCUGCUCAAAUAACUUGGAUGGUAAAAUGCUACAAUAUGGAGCUGGUCCAGAUGGGAUCCUUGCACAGGUCCUGAAGGCAUCCUCUGUAGAGCAGGAGGACGUUGUACAUCCUGAGUCUGUGGAUGAGCUCGCAUCUCAAUCAAAUUCAACAACUAGAGCCACAGACAUAAGCAAUCAACUUAAGCAUCAACUUGGGAUGAGCCGCUACUAUGACAAAGUGCCUGGGAAUAUGAGCUAUGAAGCAGAGCUAUCAACUGUAAAUUCAUGCCCUGAAAAAUGUUCAGAGCAGGAAAAUAUUGCUUCAGGUAUUUCAGCCAAAAGUGCCUCUGAUAACAGCGGAGCAGAGGAGACCCAAGGAAGUAUGGAUGAGGUUUCAUUGAAAGAAUUGUCACCAAAUGAUGACUCCAUGAUUUCACCACUUAGUGAAGACUCUCAGACUGAAGGGGAAGGUGUGUUUGUAUCUCCAAACAAACCUCGAACAACUGAGGAUUUGUUUGCAGUCAUUCACAGGUCUAAAAGGAAAGUACUUGGAAGAAAAGAUUCUGGGGACAUGUCUGUUCGAAGCAAAUCAAGAGCUUCCCUUGGCAGCAGUAGCAGUGGCAGCACUGGUUCCGUCACUUCACCCAACAGCAAUGUGACCACCCCCAACAGCCAGAGGUCUCCUGGCCUUAUCUACCGAAAUGCUAAAAAGUCCAACACGUCCAAUGAAGAGUUUAAGCUGUUACUCCUCAAGAAAGGCAGUCGUUCGGAUUCCAGUUAUCGCAUGUCUGCUACUGAAAUUCUGAAGAGUCCCAUCCUGCCGAAACCUCCUGGGGAGCUCACAGCUGAAUCUCCCCAAAGCUCCCAUGAGGCCCAUCAGGGGGCACUUGGGGCCGAGGCAUUGUCCCCACUCUCUCCAGUCUCCCCACGAGUUAAUGCAGAAGGGUUUGUUGCCUCGAAGAACUUUCCCACCUCAGCAUCAUCAAGGGUUGGACGUUCUCGGGUCCCUCCUGUGGCCAGCAGCAGCCGCUACAGUGUCCGCUGCAGGCUGUACAAUGCGCCCAUGCAAGCCAUCUCUGAGGGGGAGACAGAAAAUUCCGAUGGGAGCCCGCAUGACGACCGAUCCUCCCAGAGCUCAACAUAG